GGAAGAAGUACAGGUUAAAAUUCUCUCACAGACAUGUUACAUUGCCAUCCAUAGAGAUCAGUUCCUUAAAGCGAUGCGUGGUGGUGGGCAUGAAGAUUGCGGUGUAAAACGUGGCUUGCAGAUUCGAUUCUUUCUCCACUUUGCACUAAAUAUGUCAGAUUUUAACCGAAUUUCACUGCAGGUUACAUCGAAAUAUAAAAGAAUGCAGGUGCUUGAUUUCUGAGAUCUGAAGCCCAUCUGAGGCCCACCCAGCCAACUCAUGGCUGAAGAAGAAGAUCCAGCUAUUGCUGUGGAGGAACAAUUUGAGACGACACGACGAUUCCUUGAUGAAUGGCUGGGCCAGCUUCGAGACACAACCACAAGGCUCAGAAAGCAGGCCAACACAGUGGGAAGCCUGCAGCUGCGGCAGCAGCACUUUGCUCCCUGUCAGAUCACCACCCUGCCAAAGGAGUAUGACAAUCCAAUGGGGCUAUUGACCAGCACCAACUCGGCUUUCUCCAAGCUGGCCACCCUGCUGGCAUACCUGGUCCUGGACGCCGAGCGGCUUGUUGAUCAGAUUGAGCGGGAGUCGUGCCCAAAGCUGCUGAUGUUUGGGGAGCAGUCGCUUGCACCCCAGGGGAAUGAGGAGGGGACCAUGCAGAUCGCUUUGGCUUCCUUCCUACCAUCCCUGCACCAUCUUCAGGUGUUAUUGGAGCAGCUUGAGAGGGUGACUGUCAAUUUGCUGGCCCAACUGGGCGCCCUGUGUGCUGAGCAACUGCGAAAAGCAACUAUCUUGCAAGGCCCACAUGCAAUCACAGCAUUUAUGGGCGUGGCACGAGCUCUGGGCAUAAUGCUAAGUCUUGACUGCAUCCUCGCACGCAACCGCCACCUUGUGCCUGCCUUUGCAAUGCUUCGCAGAUUGCUGCACACCUCUGUCUCAGAGCCUGACACACUAAGCGGAGAGGUGCCGGCCAAUGUGGCACAGCUCCAGGCGGCUGUGGCGGCUCUGGAGGAGCAGCUGACUGGCAGGGGCAUCUUCAGGCGCUUUGUCACCGCCCAGACCUCUCGCGGCAGCCUCAGCCACGAAGCGUGCUCCUCUGCCAGCUUCCUCAGCGCAGCAGCUGGCUUCCUGAGGCGGGAGGUGUCACUGCGCAUAUCUAGGAUUGAUGGGCCCCAGGAGCGGCCGCAGGACCGCAGCGAACUGGUGGACCUACUGGCCUUCUCAGUCAUGUACAGCCGCCUGUGCAGUGACGAGGCGCCCUUUGACAGGAAGACCAUGCGCCUGAUACUCGACAUCCACGGCCGGGUGCCUGUGCUUCCUGUCUUCUCAGACGUCAUUCUGCAACCGGCCACCUUCCUCUCUCAGAAUCUGCCGCCCUCGUUGGACACAAUUGUACCUCCCACCUACGCCCGUCAGGCAAAUGCACAGAGGGAAGCGCAGCUCGCCAAGCUCAUGGGAGACUUUGAGCCGCACCUGCAGAGCGCAGCCCUGGCCUCAACUGCCUGGCUUACCCACAUAGACGCUCUGCUUGCACCCCAAAAGAGUCAGGAGGUGUCUCUGACACGCAUGGGGGCAGCGUUGGUGCGGGGCUUGCAUCUUGCGGCUGCGCAGAAGGCGCGCCUGCACACGGCCAUCUCUCUGCAUGCCGUCCUGGGCGCUCCCCUCAACCGCGCCGCCCUGCGCCUGCUCUCGCACAACAUCUGCCUGCUCAAGGGCUUGCAAGAUGCAUUCGACCGGCACAGCACGGGCAUUGCCGAGAUGCUGCCUCAGCUUGUCACGCACAUCAAGUCGGCUGCACAGGGUCUGCUGGCGGCGAUGGCUGCCGGGCUGCGCGCAAAGCUGCGGCAGAUGCAGAGCGUGCAGCCGCGGCUGCAGACGAAGGCGCGCCGCGAGAAGCUGCAUGCAGCCAUCAGCCACGCCACCACUGCUGUGCAAACCGCCAUGCGCAUCAUGCAAGGGCCGGUGUCUGGCGCGCAUCUGGUGUCGCUGGCGCAGUGCGUGGAUGCGGUGGAAGCGACUGGGCAGGUGGGCGCGUCGGACCUGCAGCGGCUGGAGGAGACGCUGUAUGCGCUGCGCACGCUCGCCUACCUGCAGCCCAACAUCAGCCAGGCGACGAGCUGCGCGUUCCUGUACUUCCACCGGGAGCUGCUGGGCGCCAGCCUGGCAGAGGUGUGGGCCCACCCCGAGGAGGCUGCCAAGCUGCCGUACCUUCUCGCAGCCUUCUCCGACGCCCAUGACCUCAUCCGCACCUGCUCCCCCGACCCAGCCACCGCCCACGAGGCGCGCCACCACUCCUUCCUAUUGCGGAUCGGCAAGAGCCCCAAUGCAUACGACGACGAGAUUCUGGCAACGCUGCAAGAGGCGGUGCUGGCUCCGAUGGCGGGCCACAUAGAGGGCGACCUGCGCAUCCACCUGCACGCCAGCCGCCACACGGGCGCCCAUCUGGACCCCGUCAACGACCGCUCCCUGCGCAGCGUGGCGCCCCUUCUGCGGCUGCAGACCCUCCGCCUGCUCACCCGAGCGCUCAGCAUCAGGGAGUAUGUGGAGUCCACCAUGACGUGCUGCUUCCACCGCUUUGCUGGAGUGUCGCCAGGCUCGUGGCAGACGUACGCUCGGCUGGCGUCCCUGGCCAAGGAGAAAUAUGGGCUCCAGGUGGCAGCGCCCUCCCUGCCAGAGCGCAGCAUCAGCCAAGGUGUUGAUGUGUUGGAGCUGUUGCGUGGCAUCAGGCGCUUUGCCACGUCCUAUGCAUUCAACUUGCCAGGGCAGGUGUUCAUCGAGCGAGUCAGCGCUGCUCGAGAGGUGAAGCACCUGAACACGUUGGGAGUGGAGCAGGUGGCGGCCGCCAUCCAUACGCAGGGCCUGGGCCUGGCAGACAACGCCGUCAACGCGGCAUACCAAUUCCUCGCCCGCAACUUCACACUCCUGUCGCAGUUUCUGUUCCAGGACGCGGUGCGGGCGCGGCUGGGCGUGGAGGCGCGCGUGUUUGCCGAGUCGCGCAGCAGCGGGGAGGCUGGCCCUUAUAGGAUGGCGACAGCGCAGCGCCUGGCAGCCGACUUUGCGCGCCUGGGCAGCGCCCCCGACGGCCUCUCCUACCUGGACCACCUCCGCAAACUCAUCACCGAGGUGGGCAAUGCGAUGGGGCUGGUAAGGCUGAUGCGCGCGGGCAGCAUGCACUACUGCGCAACAGCCAUGCGCCAGCUUCCCGCCGAGGAGGAGCCGCACUCCUUCGCGGCAGCCGCCCAGCAGCUGCCGGAGCCGUCCGACGCCCACUUGGCAGCUGCCCACACCCUCGACGAUGCCCUGGCACAGCUCCGCACCCAUGCCUCUGCCGGCACGGACUACUUUGCGAUGCUGGUGCGCGUGUUCGCGCGGGAGGUGUUGGACGCGGGGCAUGCGCAUCUGGCGGGCUUCCAUGCGCUGGUGCCGGCGCUGAGCCUGGCUGCGGUGGAGGCGGGGCUGCUGGCCAAGGAGGGCCUUGCGCGCCAACGCCGCGGAGCCGGCCCCGACGCCGCAUUCACCGACGACGGCUUCGCGCUCGGCCUUGCCUACCUGCUCAAGGUAUUGCAGCAGGAUGCGGAAUUUGACGCGCUGCAGUGGUUUGACUCGGUGCGGCAUCACUACACGGCGGAGCGGCUGAGCACGAAGAAGGCGGCGGAGCAGGCAGCGCUGGCGAGUGCAGAGCGCACCGGCAUCGGCCAGUGGCUCAGCGGCCUUGUACUCGGCGAGGGCAAGGAGGAGGCGCCGGCAGAGGUACAGAAUGCGGUGCUGCUCCUAGCCAAGACAGACAGGUACAAUGCAGAGUUUGAGCUGCUGCGGAAUACCCUGGCAUGCGCACGCGUCUGCUUCUGUAGAGCUUAA